ACCAAGACUAUGAAACACGUGGUGGCGAAUGUGUGUGACAAACAAGCCGUGCGGGAAGCCAUGAAGGGCGUCGACGCGGUGAUACACUGUGCGUCGAUAAUUCCUACCACUCUCAUCGAGGACGCAGUGGCGAUGGAAAGAGUCAACGUGCAGGGUACACGGAAUGUGGUCGAUGCCUGCCUCGAAGAAAGUGUGCAGUACCUCGUCUACACGGGGAGCGUGGGCGUGAUUCAGGUUGGAGCCACUCGCGCUCACGAGGGCCCGUACGCCGAGACAAAAGCACAUGCUGAAAAGCUCGUCUGUGACGCCAGCGGGACCUGUCUAAAAGACGGGCUUCGCCGGCUGCAUACCAUCGUCAUCCGCCUGCCACUAAUGUACGGAGAGCUAGAUCAUUGUUUCAUUCCAUCAUUGGUCACGUGGUCUAAGCUAACAUUCAAAGUCUAUUUUAGAUUGGGAACCGUGUUUCCGGGCACUGGCUCGCCCGUUCAGGGCCGCAAUGUUUCGCGCUUUGUCGGGGGUCAGAGCUACGAUCCGCCAACGUUAUCGUUUGGAUCAGCCGCCUGGGAACGAUGGACGAUGAUCUACGCGGGCAACGCGGCCUCCGUCCACGUUCACGCACUGGAAGCCAUGUGUGAGGACUCGACGCUUUCCGGCCGCUGCAUCGCGGUGGUCGAUGACACGCCCGUCGACAGCGUCGCCUCUCUGUCACCCCUGGUCGCGGGACACGGCAUACAUGUCUCUAGGUGGCCAGUGCCCUAUCCGCUGGCCAUAGCUUUCGCUCUGUGCAUCAGAGGCAUCGCCAGAGUGCUCGCGCCGCUCUUCCCAGGCGUCCGUGCAGCCGUGUUGCCGAAGCCGGCGGAUGUCCGAUACAUGUACAGAGGGACCUUCUUCGACCGGUCUGAAGCCAAGGAGGUACUCGCUUGGAGGCCCAAGUAUCCGCCGCAGGAGGCUGUCCAAAUGUCGCGCUCAUUCUAUGAUGCGCUGUGACGAUGGUGUGAACAGAUAAAGUGCGGUUCUCGAGAUUCGGCACUGGUCACAGUAUCGCGGGCCGUUCAUGUCACCCGCCGAAAGUGGGCCGAAGAAGCGUACGUUGCCGAUGCUCAUCGCUGGAGCAAGCUACUGACACUGCGAGAGAGCCAAUAGGGCACAAGUUGGUGGACGACGCUAGCGGCCCCUGAAUUCUAAUGGCGGUUCCAUAGAUAUCAAAUAAAAGAAAUUAAAUUUU